AAAAAACAUCUAAUAUAACAUUAGUGCUUAUUUCGCCUUGAUUAUCCUUGAAUAAGUUGUCCUGGAUUUAAAAAUGGAAAAAAAAUAAAUAAAAAAUUUUGUUAAAAAAAACCCUUGCCUCUGUUAAAUUUCUAAUGCAACUUGAGAUUUUUUUCAGUGUCAUAUUAAUAACAUGUAAAUGCAAGUAUUUGGGUGAUUCAAAUGCAGUGCGUGUAACACUGAGCUUUGGUUGAUUCUCACAGGCAGUUUGUGGUCCUUCAUUAUGUUCUAGCCUUCAGCUUAUGUAGUAAGAGACUACUCAUCACUACUGCACUGCUUUGUUAACGUCAUUUCCCUUUGUUUCCAUGUGUCAAUUUUCAUCUUUCCUAAAGGUGCUUAUACAUGAUUCAGCUGUGACUCAACUUUAGACAAUACUUACUGCAGAUCACUGUUUUUAAUUAAUUUUUUAAAGUUACAAUAAUGAGUCAUACAUUAUGCAUUAUUUAAAUAAUAGCCAAAAUAUUCCACCUACUAUAUAACACAAAGAAGCCACUCAUGACCUCACUGAAAAGGUCCACGGAACAGAUUUUCCUUUAAUUUGUCACUUUUUGUGUAUGUGUAAUACAACUCCCAUUCGCUGGGGGCAGACGUGACAGCACGCACUCUUGACGUGAGCAGCAGCAUUUCCUCCCGUUAUGGACGUACCGGUUUGACGGUAGGGGAAACUGAUACAGGAGCGGACACUAUGAACGGCCAUAAGCUUAUACAGUCGUGAAGCCAGAUUUAGAGCUUACCGCAGAUCAGCUGUGAAACAAACUCCUGUGAGAGGACGACCAGAAACGGCAACCAACCACGAGACUUAAAAAAAUGAAGGACACAUCUGUGGGUGAGCAGCCAUGGAGCUGUCUCUCCUCCUCCUCCCCGUCUUCUUCAUCUCUUCCCUCCGUUGCAACUCGCUGCCACAGAAUUCCCCCCAGGCGGAUGCCUUCAUCGGCACCUCGCUACAAGCUGUGGCUGCAGCUCAUCCCAUCCUGCAGAACCAGCCUUUCAUCCUGGUGUGGAACAUGCCCACGGCAAACUGUCCACAGCGAUACAACAUCCACCUGGACCUGGGAGACUUUCAUAUUGUGGAGAACAAGAAGGAGCGCUUCCAGGGACAGAAAAUGACCAUCUUCUACCGCGACCACUUGGGAAAAUAUCCAUACCUCUCCCGAAAUGGCAAGAAAGUGAAUGGAGGACUCCCUCAGCUCGGCGACCUGGCCUCUCACCUCUCCCUGACGGUGACGCAGCUGUCCGACCUCCUGCUACCAGAUUUUAGCGGCCUAGCUGUCAUCGACUGGGAGGAAUGGAGACCGUUGUGGGAGACGAACUUUGGAUCUAAGAUGGAGUACCGGAGGUUGUCCAAACUGCUGGUGAAACAGGAGCAACCAGAUCUUUCAGAGCGGGCAGUGACAUCGCUGGCGAGGCAGAUGUUUGAGGAGAGCGCUCGGAAGUUCAUGGAAGAGACACUCCAGUCUGCGGUCGGAGAACGCCCCAAAGGCUUCUGGGGGUUUUAUGGUUUUCCCGCCUGCGUUAACAAGAACAAGAGAAAGACAGAUAAAACUUACACAGGACGCUGCCUCAGGGGGACCAGGCAGCAGAAUGAUGAGCUGUCCUGGCUUUGGACUAAGUCCUCCGCUCUCUACCCCAGCAUCUACCUGCCACAGAAACUGGCAGGGUCUGCAGAUGCAGCUCUAAUGGUCAGACACAGACUGCUGGAGGCUUUGAGGGUGGCGUCAGGUUGGCCAUAUCACAACAACACCGACCACGCCACACCCGUCCUCCCCUACGCCAGGCUAGCAUUCACACACUCACUCAAGUUUCUCAGUAAGAUGGACCUGGAGCACACACUUGGAGAGAGUGCAUCACUGGGGGCAGCUGGAGUUGUGCUGUGGGGAGAACUGAAAUUCGCCAAAAACAAGAAACAGUGCGUUCUCCUCAGAGACUACGUCCACAAUGUCUUGGGUCCCUUCGUUCGAUCUCUGAGGUCUGACGCAGAGCGCUGCAGCCUCCAGGUUUGCCACGGCAAUGGACGCUGCACCAGGAGACACCUGGGCUCUGGCCACCGGCUCAGUGACUCUUCCAAACAUUUCCAGAAACACUUCAUGUGUCAUUGCUACCAAGGCUGGACAGGGCAGGGGUGCCAAGACAAGAAGAGCGAGAGCAGAGAGGAGGAAGAUUGACCUGAGCUUUUUUGUUACGGUGCUGUCCAUUUAUGAGUUCAUGGGGAUAAUAAUACUACUAAUGGAAGUUACAGUUUUGAGCAGUGUGGUCCAAGUUCAUUUUAAUUUCAUUAGUCCAAAGGUUUUUUUUUUUUUAUUUUUAAAUCUUCUCUGCCCUUUCUGUUUUCCAGUGCAACCAGUUGUUAACACCUUGCUGUAAAUCCUUUGCAUUCCUAUUUAUGGAGUCAUCUCUUGAUUGUAAACUUUAACAAUGAUACACCUACCUCCGCAGAGGUUAUGAAGUUGGUAUCCAUGGAGAUAAUUCUGCCAUCAUGCACUUUAAUAGUCUCCUGUGGUCUUUCAGUUGUUUAGACUUUUUGCCUGUUUCUGUGGUCGUGUGUCAUAAAUGAAAGGAAAAAAAGAAACUGUGUUUGGCUACAUUAAAGGGACCUGUACUUAAAUUUGACUCUAAUGGACUUUGCAUAGGAAGACUAAAGUGUAAUGUUUUACUGUUGCAAGAUUUUUUUUUCUCAACCAAUAGUAAAAUAGUGUCUUGUUACCAUGGAAGAAAAGACACAUUUUAAACUUGACAUGUGUACAUAAAAUCUGACUGAAAAAUCCCAUCAAACAUCACCAUGAACGACAGAACACUGUAAAUAAACGACUUGGUGAAAACACGUAACUAUACAUUUACCCAGUCACUCUAUCAAAUACAUACUUGACAAAGUUGAUGAAAUCAGAAGUCCGUUUAAUUUUCUGGCUGUCCACAGCGUUUGUAGGGGAGACUGGGGAUAGUUGUAACGUGGGUCAGUUAUAACACUUCCAGUUUCUCCAAUCAGGGCUAAGUUUCAAAUGAUGUGACUCAUCCUGUGCAUGCCCAACUCAG